GCGUGGGGGCGCGCUGAGCCAUGCAGAUGUGUCGCAGAUUUUAAAAGUCACUGUGCGCACAGAAAGAUCUAGUACGAGGAAAUGGGACGUUGAAAAGCUUUCAAAACUGAAGCCAAAACAAAACUGCGAAGGGAAGAGUAGCAGAGAAGGAGGAAGACAUUAGCUUUUCUUCUCAGUCAUACUCACUUUAACGAGCAAAGCGCACUUCCAAAUACGUUUAUUCACACACAGUAAGAAGCGCAAACAAUCCCAUGGAACUGUCAGCUAUCGGAGAACAAGUGUUUGCUGUGGAAUCGAUCAUUAAGAAGAGAGUGAGGAAGGGGAAUGUGGAAUAUUUACUAAAGUGGAAGGGGUGGCCCCCAAAGUAUAGCACUUGGGAACCCGAGGAGCAUAUACUGGAUCCCCGGCUUGUUCUAGCAUAUGAGGAGAAAGAGCACAAGGACAGAGCAGUGGGAUGGCGAAAGAGAGGACCUAAACCUAAAAGACUUCUUGUACAGGGUAUUUACUCAAUGGAUCUCCGCAGUGCACGUAAAGCUGUAGAGCAGUCUCCAGGACAUCUGCAUCUGUCCCUUGCACACCACCUUGAUCCAAAAGCUGGACAUGCAGUGCAGAGAUUCUGCCCCAAAGAAAGUGCUGUAUAUCAUCAACUAGUUCACCAUAAUAUAACUAAGAGGAACCCCAAAGGCCCUUCAGUGGAGCAUUGGGAUGAGUUGGAGAAGGAUGAAAACUAUGAAGAGGAGGUUAUAGGACAGGAAGAGGCAGAGACUGACAGGGCCACUCUAAACAGUAAUGUAGAGACAGAGGGUUGGAGUGCAAUAACUAGACCAGAGGAAAUUACAUUGUCUCCAUUGUGUGAGGAAUGGAGGCCAGUUAUGGGUCCAGAGGAGGUAACUGUGACAGAUGUCACCAUCAAUUCACUGACAGUUACUUUUAGGGAGGCUUUUGUUGCAAAAGGCUUUUUUAGAAGCUGGGAACUGGAGCUGUAAUACAGAAACAUGGUAAAUUAUGAAGAUGUCAUGUGAGACAGAAGGAGCGGGGAGUAAAAAGUAAGACUUUCUUUAAGUGCACUAGAUGUAUUUGAGGUUUUACAUAUUGUUUUCUACUGAAUAACCUUUUUUCAUUUUAAGGUGUAUUUAUGAAUAUUAGAGCAAACAUCCUCAGCAUGGAAAGUCUACUCAUCACGCUAUAUGUACAUGGGUCAGCCAUAACAUUAAAAUCACCUGCCCAAUAUUGUGAAGGCCCUGAUUGUGCAGCUCUGACUCAUUGGGCAUGAAUUACAUAGGACCUCUAAAGUUGAAGAUGGUACCUUUAAGCUGUGACGUCAGGCCUCCAUGAAUUGGACUUGUUUGUCCAUCACAUCUCACAGAUAUUCCAUCGGAUUGAGAUCUGGAGGCCAGAUCACAUUGAAUUCUUUGUCAUGUUCAUUAAGCCAUUCCUGUAAAAUUUUGCAGCGACCAUGUUAUGCUGCUGAAAGAGGCCACCGUCAUUAGUGAAUACUGUUACAAUUAAGACGUGCACUUGGUCUGCACCAAUGUUUAGGUAGGUGUUAAGUCCACAUGAAUGCUAGAACGCAACAUUGCCCAGAUCUCUGAUCCAUCUUCUCAUAUUGAAUCCUGGUGGUAUCUCUUCCUCAAGUAUCUCUCGGAUUCAGACAGGCUUGCCUUUGCUCCCCAUAUACAUCAAUAAGUCUUGGGUGCCAUGACACUUCGACUUUUAUACCACUUGUCCUUACUUUGGGUAGGUACUAACCACUGCAUAUCAAGUCUUGUCAUAUGAAGAGAUGCUCUGACCCAGUCAUCUGGCCAUCACAGUUAGGUUCAUCUGUAGGCUCGAUGAUUUUACCUGCUUCCAACACAUGAACUUUAAGAACUGACUGUUCACUUGAUUCUAUGUAUAUCCUAUCCCUUGACAGAUGUGAUUGUGAAUGAGAUAGCAAGUGAUAUUCAUGUGACCUGUCAUUGGUUUUAAUGUUAUGACUGAUGUUAUUAAUGCAGCAGAAGCAAUCUCCAAAUGCAGUUAUAUAUUUAAAGUCUCUGAGCUAAUAGAGAAGAUACUGAAACUAUUCUCAUAUAGUACUGCUACGUGAGGGUGUAUUUAUUUGAGUACAUGUUAAGGUACUCUUUAGCUGUACAUAGCCUUAUUUGUAACUUGCAAUCAGUAAAUAAAAUUGCUUCUCAGACAGCAAAGAA